AUGCUGGAAAUUCGGAUCUUGCUUGCCUUUUUCUUGGCUUUUGCCGCAGUCGUCGCUUCUCAGGUUCGCGAUGGCGCUCCUGCUCUCGGAACAUCGACUUCUUCCCUCCUGGUUGAUGCGGAGACAUCGCGGGCGUCGCGACAGGCGAGUACCGAGAUCGCGCAUCACCUCCAGACUGGCGAGAAAGUGGCAGCAAAGAGCUUGGAGUCGGACGGAUCGCGCUCUCGGCACGAUGGCAAAGAAAUAAUGCAUCUCUGGGCCAGGCAGAAUUCGACACCCUCGAGCCAGCCGCCGCUGUCGCUCUCUACCGCCACACUCACGAGAACAUCCUUCAUCGAGGUACCAAGCGAGACGCAGGUCGUUGUCUCCACACUUGUCGAGACUGUGACCGUUGUCGACCCUAUCUUCGUCACCGAGACCAGCACCGUCGCGAUCGCGCAAGCCCCGAGCGACUUGGCGAAACGAGGAUUUGCUUCACCAGUAGCCAGUCACCAUGACGAUUCGAUCUCGUCGGCAAACACUGGUCUUCCUCGUGACAAGGCUCCGCGACCGGAUUCGACAUCACUCUCCUCUCUACAAGACUCGACCCCUCCACCAGCCCCGACGACACUUGUUACCGCACGCCGUGGCGCUCGACGCCAAGUCUUAGAUGCGCCGGUGACUGUCGUUGGCAUGAUCUCGAUUGUCACCAUCGAAACGACGGUAACCCUGACUAGGACGGGCAGCUUCGUCUUGACGGCAACGGUCGUGAACCCCAUCAUAGUGUCUGUGACGGCAACUCCAACUUCAACUACCACCUUGUUCGUCACAGCGGGCGCUCCAACUCCAUCCUCGACUGCAAGCAACCAAGAGAUGUCUACGAUUAUCCCAGAGCCGACCAUCCCGACAACAGCCUCCGUUCGCAUGACUAUCUCCACGCCAGUCCAAACUUCGCUCUCCCCAACUUUGCCGCUGGACGAGACAGGCACUUCUGUUUUCACAAUCAGCAGCAGUAUCUCGAGCUCGGCUAGCCCGACCAGUGGCAUCACAACUUGGUUCACGGAUGAUCCCGACGGGUUCACAUGGCCAACCGUAGCCCCGACCCCGACCCCGACCUCGACCUCGACGCAAACAUCUGCUAGCAUCACGACAUCGUCGACUGUUGUUCCAGACUCCGGAUCAUCGCUCAGGCCUGCACUAGAUGAUGGCCAAAUCGCCGGGAUUGCUGUAGGCAGCAUCUUCGGCAUCAUACUCGUCGCGCUAGCCAUCUGGUUCGUUCGCAAGCGCUCCAAGCGUCGCCAGCACGUUAACAUUAGCGAAGACGACUACCAAAUGACCUCAGCCGCUACAGCAGCCGCUAUCAUCGACGCAUCGCCACCUAUCAUGAACCAACGCGACCCAAGCGGGCCUCUGCCUAGCAACACGAGUGGCGAAAGCUCCCGCGAGGGUAAUGUUCGCAUUGUUAUCCAGCCAGCUGAAAAGCGCCGGACUCAGAGCAGCGGUCUCUUCCCCAUCCCAAAGAUGUGGCCGCAGCCGCCCGGAUACAACGGCAAGACUUACAGCUUCUCGGCGGGAGAGAGUGCAGAGUCUUCUCCUCGCGAGCCGAUGACUUGGAGCAAUGCAAGCGAGUACGGAGGUUCGAGCAACCGAGAGGGCUUACCUGGUAGUGGCACGCGGGGACACAUCGCGGUUCGCAAUGGCCAGGGAACUGAGGAUGGUGCAAGUGGCAGCAGAUUUUGA